CAGGAAGUUGUGAAAGAAGAAACUGAGUCAAACUGAAAACUGAAACAUCAACAUAUAAAAAAUGUCAAUAUUUAGUGAUUGUCAGAUAGUCCUGGACUUGACUACCAGUGUCAACUUAAAAAAAAAGACAGAAAUCAGGAAAAAGAUCACUGAAAAUGGAGGAAUUAUUUCUUACCUUGUCACCAAGAAGAGUACACAUGUUGUAUGUAAUGACCCAGAAAAGGCAGAUAUCAGUUACAAAUGUAAAAUGGCCACAAAGUAUGGAUUACCAGUGGUGUCACUUGAUUAUAUCCUUGAUUGUGUAGACCAGGGGAGAUUACUCAAUACAGAUAAUUACAUCCUGGUUGGAAAGACAAAGUCACAAGAAUUCAGCAGUGGCAAAGUACCAGCAAGCAAGUAUCAAAGUAAAGAUGUGACAAAGAAGAAAAUCAAAAUAGAUCCCAAAGGUGUUAAAGUGUGGCACCCUGGUAAUAAAAAUUCACCUGAUUACAAUGAGGAGAAAUAUGAAGUGGCCAAGUUUGCUAUGUUUCAGAAAUAUGACAAGUUAAAAGAGACCACGCUGUUUUAUAAUUUGGAGAUACAUGUAGCUGAGCCGGUGGAUUUGAACAGAUCAGACUGUUAUAGAUUCAGGAUAUAUUCACACUAUGGUUCUACACAGGACAUACAGGAAGCUGUUGUGGAAUAUCGCUAUAUCAUUACAUCAGAUGAUGCUCUACAUGUGUAUGCUUAUCUGUAUACUGAACAGUCAAGACCUCCACGUAAUAUGAAUGUCAUUUAUCAGCCAAUGAUGAGAAAUAUUGGAUCUAGAAAAUUUCAAAAGAUGGUAGAAGAAUAUGGAAUGGAUACUCGUCCCUUAUCUCCUUCUGUCGUAGAGUUGAUGGAACAUAUCUGGAAAGAGGCUACAGGUGAAAUUGAAGAAGUUAUCAGUUCACCCUUACAGAGCCUCAAACUAGAACAGAUAGAGAAAGCAGAAGCUAUUUUAUUAAAAUGUAAAAAUUGCGGUGACAACCAACAGAGAACAGGUCUAGUCGAUGAAUUCUACAGCUGUUUGCCACAUAGGAGAAAACAUACACCAUCAGACACAGAACUUAAAGCUUGGCUUUCUCAGAAACAAGAUAUAUGUCAGAUGAUUAAAGAUAUGGUAGCUGUGAGUGAGUCUACAAACUGGUCGACCAGAAGUAGUACGGAGGCCAAGUAUAAAGCAUUACGAUGUAGACUGGAUGGUUUAGAGAUUACAGAUACAGAAUAUAAACAGAUCAAGGAACACAUUAUACAGUCUCUAAAACAAAAUGACCAGCUUAUAGUAGAAAAUAUAUUCUGUGUUCAUCGACAAGUAGAAGAAGACAAUUUUAGGAAAGAUUUGAGACCUCAGAAGUUGUUGUUUCAUGCCUCAAAAGUACAGAACUUUGUAGGAAUAUUAUCUAGAGGAUUAAUGCUGCCUAAAGUUGUAGUGGACGAUUUUGGGGGAACAAGAACAGAUGCAGGAAUGCUGGGAAAUGGUGUCUACUUUGCCAGUUCUGCUAGUACCAGUAUACAGUACUCAGACCAAAGUAAAUGUAAGGGAACCAGGAUGAUGCUAGUCAGUAAUGUUGCCCUUGGCAACUGUAAAGAUUUCACAGAAUACCACAAAGAUCUACAGGGGCCUCCAGAGGGGUAUGAUAGCUGUCAUGGUGUAGCGUCAUCAGAAGAGCAACCAUCAGAAUUCAAGGAUGAUGAGUUUGUGAUUUACGAAACUGACCAACAGAUGACACAAUACUUGGUAGAGUUCUCUGUCAGGGGAGAUAACAAGAAGACAAUGAACAUAGAGGAAUUGUCAGACGAAAUAGAGGAAGACACAGAAGUAGAAGACAAAAUUGAUUUAAAAGAUGUAUCUGGAAUAAGGAAUCCCAUGGACAAAGUAGAGCCAGGAUUGGUAUCUACUUCAGGAGAAUCAUGUGUUCUUAAAUCAGUCCAUAUCAGAGCUCAGCUUAUGGACUUGGCCUCAAAGGUUGUAGUACUCCAAGAAUACCACAACACCAGUACCUCUACUCUAGAAGCUAAGUAUGUAUUCCCAUUGGAUGAUAUGGCUGCUGUUUGUGGAUUUGAAGCUUUUAUAAACGGUAAACAUAUCGUAGGAGAAGUAAAGGAGAAGGAGACGGCUCACAAGGAAUACAAGAAGGCAAUAAGUGAAGGACAUGGAGCCUAUCUCAUGGAUCAGGAUGAAGAAACUCCUGAUGUAUUUACAGUCAGUGUGGGUAAUCUACCACCAGGGUGUGUGGCCCUCAUCAAGAUAACUUAUGUAUCAGAAUUACAAGUAGAGGGAGAAUUGAUUAACUUUACAAUUCCUGGAUCUGUGGCUCCUUGGAAACAGGGACCCAGUAAUACUGAGAGUUCAGAAGACAGUUGUAGUAUACAAGUCUCCGUACAGAUGCCAUUUGACAUCAGAACUAUAACAUGCCCAACACAUCAAAUUAGAAAAAAGAAAACAGCCACUAGUUGUAUCAUUGAGAUGAUUGGACAGAAAAUAUCUGAUGGAUUUCAAUUACUGAUAGGACUUGCUGAAAUACAUGUUCCGAGGAUGUGGGUUGAGGUGGAUAGUGAAGGGACACAGACUGAGGCAGCCAUGUUGACAUUUUAUCCAGAAUUUGAAGCAGCAGAAGACAACGAAACAGAGAUAAUACUUGUCCUCGACCUUUCAAAUUCAAUGAAGGGGAAAGCUUUGUUGGAAGCGAAGAAAAUUUUACUGCUGACAUUAAACCACUUGACAGCUCAUAGUUUGUUUAACAUUGUAGUUUUUGGCACAAGUUAUAAAGAAUUAUUCCCAACCAGCCAAAUCAAAUCAAAAAGUACUCUGAAGGUUGCAGAACAGUUUGUUCAGGGAAUACAUGCUAGUAUGGGUAGCACAGAGGUAUAUCGUCCCCUCCACAGUUUCUUCCUCCUAAAACCGGAGAACUCCUUGAGAAAUGUCUUUAUAUUAUCUGACGGCCAUAUUAACAAUGAGGAGACAACUCUUAAAGCUGUUCAUGACAACUGUCAGCACACUAGGAUCUUUACAUUCGGUGUCAGUUCUAUUGCUAACAAACAUGUAUUAAAGGCUAUGUCCAGACUUGGAGCAGGUUCCUUUGAAUAUUUUGAUUCUCAUGCAAAAUCAAAGUGGGAAAGUAAGGUGAAAUCCCAAAUUCAGAAGACCUCUCAACCAGUGCUGACCUCUGUAUCAGUUGCUUGGCAACAGUUUGAUAAUCCUCCUCCAGUUCAAGCGCCACAACAAAUCACAGCUCUGUUUAAUGGCUCCAGACUUGUGGUAUAUGGAUUUGUUAGCAAUUGUAAAAUGGCUACAUUGAAGGCAGAAAUAGGUGGGCAACAAAUAUCAACAGUAGUAUAUACAUCAGAAUUAAGUUUGACGAAAGGAAAGGUUCUUCACUGCUUGACUGCUAAAGCUGUGAUCAGAGACUGGGAAGAUGGAGUACUCUCCCCUGACAGUAUUGACCAUCAGUUAAAGAAGAUGAAUAUGAAAGACUAUAUAAUAGAACUGAGUAAGAAAUAUUCCAUUGUUACACAGCUGACAAGUUUUAUUGCUGUAGAGAAAAGAGAAAAGGAUGAGGAAGUAUCGUCAGAUGGACCUUUUAUAUCAGAGUUAGUUGAUAGAGAAGAUGUGGACUUCCUUAACUACCUCAACUGGGAGGGAGAGACAGAGUACCAGGAUGUCCAACUACAGAUAAGUUAA